UUCCCUUCUACAAUGCCCAUCCUUGAAAGUCAUGAUAAUAAAAAACUGCCCCGAGAUGAGGGCAUUCACUUGUCCAGUUUUGAUGGAUGCUGAGGGAAGCAGAGAUCAACUCGGUGAAGGUGACAUCCAUAUACAAACUGUACCAUUUUUCAAUGAGAAGGUUUUGUUCCCUGACUUGAAGAAAUUAAUACUUUCUGGCUUGGAUAGUUUGAGCACUAUAUGGCAUAACGAAUUUUAUGGGGACUCAUUUCUUCAAUUGGAGGAAAUCAAUAUUGAAAGUUGUGGAAUGCUGCGGAAAGUGUUUCCACCAAUCACUCUCCAAAGAUGCAUGUGCCUGAAGACACUAGCCGUAACUGGUUGCGGUUCAUUGGAAGUAGUAUUCGAUCUCGUGGGGCUAGCUGCCAUGGUAGAUAAUGAUGAUGAAAUUCAUGAAGACAAUGAACAAGGUGAAGCCUCGACAGUUGCAUCGUUGGGAAAACUAAAGAUAUCACGACUGCCAAAGCUAAGGAGUUUGUGGAAUGUUGACAAAAAAGGCAUUGUAAGCUUUGAAAACCUGAAGGAGGCACAUGUGCGUGAAUGCCCGAAACUCGUAAAUCUUUUUCCGGCCUCUAUAGCCAGAGGUCUUACGAGACUUGAGAGGCUGAAUAUAGAAGAAUGUGGUUUAGAAUGGAUUGUUGCCAAAGGAGAAGAAGCAAUUGAAAGGUUCAUGUUCCAGGAGGCUGCCUUCUUGAAGCUUUGGAGGUUACCAAAGCUUGAGGGUUUCUAUCCCUCAGUACAUCGUUCUGAAUGGCCUAUGCUAAAACAGUUGGUGGUGCAUGGAUGCAACAAAGUUGAAGCAUUUGUUUCAGGGCCUGGGAGCCUUCAUCAGACUAAUGCGGAAGGUCGUGAGGUUGCUGCCAAGCCACCGCUCUUCUCAGUUGACAAGGAUGCGUUCCCCAAUUUACUUAGCUUGAGCAUUGAAGCCAUGGAAGAAAUAUGGUCUCACCAGUUCAGCGGGGAAAUUUUUCUCAAGUUAAAGAAUUUGAAGAUAAACAACUCAAAGGAUUUGGCAGCUGAUCUCCCCGCUCAUAGAUUACAGAAUUUGGGUAAACUUGUCCUGAGCAAAUGUCAUUUCAAAGACCUUAAGUCGCAUGAAGGAUCUCCUGUCAAAGGUGUAACAGGGCAGCGCGUGCACCAAGUCCCACAUAAUGGUGCUCUUCCACAUUUGGGAGUCCUUCAAGUAUCAGAGUGUUCAGGCUUAGCAAACUUGGAUCAAUUGCCACUGUCGUUCCAAAGCUUGACGGUUCUGAAAGUAUCGGCUUGUCAUGAAUUGCUGUGUCUAAUGUCAUCUGCAACGGCAAAAAGCCUCAUCCGACUUACUCAUAUGACCAUAGAGAAUUGCAGAGUUAUGGAGGAGGUGGUUGCAAAUGAAGAUUAUGUGCAAGCAAAUGAUGAGAUUACUUUUGAGCAGUUACAGAAGUUGACUUUAAGUUCAUUACCAGAGCUCGCCAGCUUCUCCAGAGGAAAUUUCAAUGUCAACUUUCCGUCCCUUUGGAAAGUGUCUCUGAGUGAAUGCCCCAAGAUGGAACUUUUCUUCCAUGGAACCUUAAGCACGCCUAUGUUAGCGAUAGCUCAGAUAUCAGGGAAAGCCAUCUUUGUUCAUGAUCACAACCUUAAUGCAGCAAUGCUGGAGAGAUCUCAAGCAACAGGCGGUCAACUCGAAAAACAGAGCGAGGUGGAGCAACAUCACGAGAAUUCUUGGGCAGGCACAUCAUCAGACAGUGAAUUGUCUUCUUUAAUAUAAGUUGGUACUCUUUCUUCUUUGUUGUGCUUUCAAGCUUUGUUUUCGUGGAUUCAUCAGGGGUGAGCGCCUUAGUUAGCAAAAAGGAUCUGUUAUCUGAAGUAGUUAAAGAGGUAUCUAAAAGCGCAAGCUAUAAACCUGUGUUCCUCUACUUUAAAGCUGCUCUGCUUAUAAAUAAGCAAGAGCUUUGUAGUUUGGAUGGGAUACGGCUGUCAGUAAAUAAACAGUGGUGGAUCGAUCAGGUAAGUUUGUUGGAAACACGAGUAACAGUCAACAGAUGAACUAUUAAUAAGCUGCGAGAACUGGAAUUUGAGGUCUGUAUAAUUCUAAUAUCAGCCUUAUUAACAGAAUAUUUGAGUAUUCUGGACCAACCAUUAAUUGUAGUAUUGUUAUUGAAGUUCA